AUGAGCCUCAACAGCAGUGCAGCAGGCACCAGCAACUCGUCGAUGAAAACAUCGGGAGCUCCUUCUUCAGAUGCACUAUUUGAUCAAUUGCUGAAGGAUCCACAGGUGAGGAGAAGGCUCGCUCUUGGCAAGCACUACGACGCUCUUACACUUUCUGAAGAAGAGGAGCGUGCAAUUAAGGAAGAUUUAAUUUUGGCAAAGAAGUAUGAGAAUGAGCUCAAUGAGCGAGUUACACGGAAUAUUGAGAACGAGGAACUAAAAAAGUUGUUGAUGCAAAACGAUGAAGAGUCGAAAGGCUCAACUGAUGCAAAGAUGAAGGCUUACUACAACAAGUUGCAACAGCUUCAAAUACAGGCCGAAGCGAAAUUGAAAAAGCAAAUUAAGGAUGCAGAAGAAUAUGAAAUUGCCAAGCUUGAGGAGGACCAGAAACGAUUACUUGAAAGUGAAACAAAGAAACUCUUAGAAGGAAGACAACUGUUUCAACUGUCCGAAGAAAAACAACGAGAAAAAGAGCAAUCAGAGAUUGAAAAGCGAGAGAAAUGGAUGGCUAAAGACGAUGUAAUCAAUGAUGUUCCAACUUCAUCCCCUAAACGAAGAGAUCUAGUGAGCCUGCUGCAGUCUACAGCUUCACAAAAAAGAGUAAUUCUUCUUAUGACUGUGGAUAUCGGAGAUGGUCGCUCUGACACUAUCACAGUUAAGGAAGAUGACUCUUAUUUGGACCUUGCUAAAAAGUUCCAAGAAAAACACAAUUUAAUUCCUGCUAUUAUCGAACCAUUAGCGGAACACAUUAAGUUUAAUGUGGAGAAGGUACUAAAGGAAAGAACGAUGGACAUGUUCAAAAUGGCUCAAUCCACCCACGGAUCUAGCAUGUACAAUAGAAGCCCUGCUCUAUCAAAACCACACGAUACAAAGGUUGACAAAUAUGACAGUUUGCAACAACUAGAUCAGAAAACAAAGAACAAGAGUUCUACUCCAGUAAGCUCAAAGAACAGCAAGCCAGUACAUGAAAGAUUACAUGAAAGUGCUAAAUAUAAAGAAGCUAGAAUAUUAAGGAUAAAGAUGGAAUUAACAAAGAAUGAACUAGAGAAAGUGAUGGAGACAAAAGUUCCAAUGUCGGAAACAAGUCGAAAAAUAGUAGAAGAAAUUGAAAGGAGCAGGGCAAAAGACAAAUUUCAAAAUUAUGGAGAGUUUUUAUAUAAUGAAGGAAAGGCAAUGAUUCGAAAACAGCAAUUAGAAAAAGAGAGAGUUCAAAGAUUGGAGGAUGCAAAGAUGGAAGUUUUCACAUUUAAGCCACAAAUUAAUACAAACUUUAAAAUUGAGAGGCCAAACAAUGCGUACAUGAACACGUUUAAACACAAUGUGAUGAUGUAUGCAGAAGAAGAGGAAAGAAAAUGUCCUUUUAAGCCAAAGAUUAAUCAAAAAUCUGCUUUGAUGGCUGUGCAAAAGAAAAACGAAGAGUUUUUAUCAGAUACAGGAACAACUGAUCCCUUUGAAUCUUUGUUCAAAGACGCAGAAAAAAGAAGAGCCAAGUUAGAGCAAAAACAAAGCGAGGUGGUCAGGCAACAAUUGAUGCCAUCAACAGGAGCAGCAAAGCCCUCACAAGAACACAUUGAAAGACUUGUAAAUAGCCGAAAGGAAGCAGAAAAAAAUAUCAUGCAACUAAGGAUGCAACUGAAUUCCAACUUUGAUGCAGAAACUGGAAGGGAGCUGUUUAAGCCUAUAACCACCAGCAAACGACCAAAGUCAGCGGGGCAUGCAAGACAAACUUCUUCCGUUUUUGAAGAUCUCUACAAUAAGACGUUUGAGACAGCAAAAAACGCCAUUGCAAAAGAAUAUUACAAAGAGGUUGACAAGCUUGCCAACACCAAACACGUAAAUGAAGCAAGCAGAAAGAUUGCUGAGACGGCCAAAGUCAAAAAGAUUUUCAAGCUCUUUACAUACCUGGAUAGCAACAACGAUGGAUAUUUGAACAUUGAAACUGACAUUUUAGGAUCAAGUGAAGAUCGUUUCCAAAUCAUAGACAAGCAUUUGCAAGAAAUAUUAUUGGACGUGUUUGAACAAUUCGAAAUUGAUUCAAAUAUUGGUUUUGAAGAAUUCGCUGCAGCAGUUCUUCAGAGAAUGGAAAAAAGCGAUGCUAAAGCAAUGUUGUUAUCCUCAACGAAGGGCCCAGUCCAGAAAGUUUCAGGAAUUGACUCACCAAUCAUCCAAUCCUCUCCUGAAUCCGAUGACGGUGAAUGUAGCUUUAGACCAAAAACAAACAGAAAGAGUGAUGAAUUGGUGUGGGCAAGACGUUCGACGGGUCAAGAUUUAUUCGAAAUACUCUACAAGGAAAAAGAUACAAAGGAGCAAAACCUCUCUAGACUCAAACAAGCUUAUUCAGAGGAUGAAAUGAGAGAAUGUUCUUUUAAACCUCACACAACCAAUCCUACUGUGAGCGGAUUUUCUGAGAAUACUAUUCAGCGACUUUACAGCCGAUCUCCCAAAAAAAAGAAACAUUCAUAUCCCUCCUUAGAAGAACGUGAGCUAGAAGAAUGUACAUUCUGGCCUAAAGUUAACAAUCAAACUCCAGAGAGAUUUUUGAAAAGUGUUGAAGGUCGACCAACACCUACAAACAUCAAAACCAACAAGAGCUAUAGCGAGUUAUUCAUGUCUUCAGAAGCAAUUCCAAGUAAUGGUACCCUAAAAAAAACGAGAAGUAUUACGCCACCAUCCACGAGACAUGUCACAACCAAAACACUAUCUCCAACUAAGGCAAGUCAGAGCAGAAAUACCAGAGCCUCACUAAGUCUCCUAAGAUAA